CCACUAAGCUGUGAUGUUCUUUGCAGAAAACCCCUAACUUUGGUUUGGCUCUGUGGAGAGGACCAGCCCCUCUGGCGUCAUCCUGCCAUUCCACACAGUCUUCACUUUCCUUGUUGUGCCAUGGAAAACUGUAUGUGCUGCAAGGAAACAAGAUGAUCAGCUAUAGGCUGACCUCAAGGAAUGCAGUCCGACAAUCUCUCAGAUGAUGUGGAGGCAAAUCCUGACAGGGUGGAUCUAUUCUAUCAGCAAGGCAAAGUGGCUUGUGUCAUGUUCACGGUUCUCCUCCUCCUUUCAUUCUUGGUAAUAGGAAUUGUAACAGGUCUCAACUUCAAGAAUAAUUCACAAGAGAAUCAGACAAGGGGUCUUCUUUCUGAUGAUAUAACACCUAUUCCAUUCCAGUACAAAGGUAAUAAAGGGCUCUGCUCGGAUGGUUGGGUUUUGUAUAAGAACACCUGUUAUUUGAUAGUAAAUGUUUAUGGGACAUGGGAAUUAUCAAAGUCGUUAUGCCAUGACCAUGGGGCACACUUGAUGGUUGUAAACAGUGAGGAAGAGCUGGAGUUCAUUUCAAGAGUUGUUCAGAAGAGCCCUGACUACUGGAUUGGUCUCAAGAGGGACAAAAUGGGCCAGUGGUCCUGGGUUAAUGGAGAUAAUUAUCAUUCAACUCCACAUUUCUGGGAUGAAAAUAAACCUGCUCAUUGGGACACUGAGUCCUGCAUCUACUUAAAAGGAUCUGACACAGUGCAUCGAAAGCUGAUGCAUGAUGCUGACUGUCACAGUGAGCGGUAUCACAUUUGUGAACAGAAACUAGAGAAAGGCACGUGGUAGGAAACUUUGCCAUCAUGUCAACUGCAUUAGACUGUUCUCUUAAAAUCCUGUUCUGGACAUGCUCCUUCUGACAUUCUUAGAUGUUUGUAGAUGUCCUCUUUUUGUUUGUAAACUGCUUCUCUGACUGAUGCAUAUUUAAUAUUCUUUUGCUAUUCAUAAGUCACUGUUUAGUGUUCCAGUGUGCAGUCCUGUUAUAGAAGACAUCCAAUUAAGUAAAAUUUUCACUAAAAUUAA